AUGACUCCAGCGUCAGGGAGGCGGAAUACCACGAUGGCCUGGGCGGACGAUAGUAGCUUGGGCCUCCACCGCCGCGCCCUCCUGCGCUUCAAGCCGGGGGGCCCCUCCACCGUGCUGUUGGUGAAGAAGCAUCGGGACACAGAAGCCUCGCAGAAGCUGGAGCAGCUGGCCACCUGGCUGCGGGGGCGGGGCGUCCAGGUGCUGGUGGAGCGUCAGGUCCUCGCAGAGUUCCCCCACCUUGAAGCAUGCAGCGGCAAUGACGUGCAUUCUGUGGACCUCUGCAUCACCCUGGGAGGCGAUGGCACGGUCCUGCACCUGGCCAGCCUGUUUGCCGAUGACGCUCGGCCCAUUCCCCCCGUCAUCUCCUUUGCCAUGGGCACCCUGGGCUUCCUCACGCCCUUUUCGGCGGGGGAGGCGGAGGCCGUUCUGGCCAAGCUGCUCUGGCCGCCUUGGCAGGCCGAGCCCGUCUUCUGCACGCUCAGGACCCGGCGCCAGUGCGAGGUGUACUGGGCCGGACGCAUGCAGCGGGUGCACAUGGUGCUGAAUGAGUGCCUGGUGGACCGCGGCGCCUCCCCCGCCAUGGUGCUGCUCGAGUGCUUCGUAGACGGGCGGCACGCCACCACGGUGCAGGCCGACGGCCUCAUCAUCGCGCCGCCCUCGGGCUCCACCGCGUACAGCAUGUCGGCGGGGGGGCCCAUGGUCGCGCCCUCGGUGCCCUGCACCAUCAUCACCCCCGUGGCGCCGCACUCCCUUUCUUUCCGGCCCCUGGUGGUGCCGGAGAACUCGGUGAUCGAGGUGCACCUGCCCAGCAAUUCCAGGGCGCAGGCCAGGGCCUCGUUCGACGGGCGCCACGCUAUGCGCAUGCUGCGCGACUCCUCCAUCGUGUGCCGGGCCUCGCGGUACGCGCUCCCUAUGAUCAACCGCCACCCCCUGGACGAGGACUGGUACGAGGGCAUCACUCAGAAGCUUCGGUGGACGGGGUCCCUGCGACCGCUGACCAGCGUCACCCAUCCGCCCAGAGACCGCACUUGA